AUGGAGAUUCUGGGCUCAGAAAAAUACUACCUCCUCUCUGUCAGCGACACAGACCUCUGCUGCAGUCAGCAAGAUUUGCAACGACUUCGAGAACCCUCCAAUCCAAUGCAGUCCUCGAUGGCAAUUAGUAACUUCUACCGAUCAGCUUUCAAAGUACCCACUAAAUUGUCUUCCUCCCCUCCAGAAUGCAAACAACAGCAAUUCCAGAAUGGCCCCUUUUGGUCCUCUUCUUCAGGAGAAUGGAAAUGCACUCUCCCCAUGGAAGGAGAGAGUCCCUGCUUCUACAGCUCAAUGAACGAUUUACAGGAAGGACCAAUUGACUUGUCGUUAUCAAAGGGGAAGAAAACCAACGACUUAUCUAGUCUCUACUCCUGCGAAGACGGAGAACUAUACCCAGAAGACCUGACAGUGCAGACACCUACCUCGUUACCUUCCUCUAACUCCGUCCUCUCCACCGUUGGUCAGUCCAAGAUGCCCAUGACGAUGAAGGCUUCGUCGUCUAGACGUCCUGGACGGAAACUAUUGCAGUGUCCUGUGCCCGGGUGUGACGGUAGCAGUCAUGCCUCGGGUAACUACGCUUCGCACCGUAGCAUCAGUGGUUGUCCGAAAGCAGAUAAAGCCAUUGUACAGGCUUUCCAUGUGGAACAGAAAUGCCCAACUCCAGGAUGCGACGGUUCGGGCCACGUGACUCGGAACUACACGAGCCAUCGCAGUCUCAGUGGCUGCCCACGGGCCCACUUAAUGGGAAUCAAACGACAACAUCAGAUUCUUGCGUAUCGUAGCCAACAACAAGCCCAGGCGCAGGCUCAGCUCAGCUGCCUUAGCCUCUGCCGCUUGCAGGCACUCUCUUCAUUGCACAGCAGGCCCAAAUCCGGCGAAGCAGGUACCCAGUGGACGCCAGAUUCGAUGAUAAAACCAGAUGCACCGGUUGCACGAAAAGCAGCAAAUGACUUUCCUCCGCCCAAAGAAUCACACGAGAUUGGAGUCAACGAGGUCCUUAAAGCAGAAGCACUCUUCUCCACUGCCCAUCUCCUCAACACCGGCGGCAGCAGCAUUGUGUCCCAGACAUUCAACAAGCAGGAUUCGAUAAGGGAUUGA